AUGGAGACCGACUCGGAAGGAAGAGAAGAGCUUCAGCUACUCGACAUGGAUCCCUCUUCUCUGGACACGGGUCCCAACAACACUAAAGACAAACGCACUGAGCAGCUCGUCAAACAACUGAUUCAGGAACUGCCAAAGCAACUACGUCGUGACCGCUGGAUCAGAACAAGCAAGGCUCUGUGCGACACACACCAAGGACUGAACGCCAAUCUUACACAUGAAAUCUUCUGGCUCGUCCAGCGGGAGGUAGGCCACCACCUCGUCAAGUUCGAUGCGUACCCAGAACUACUGAAGCCCCUGGACAAGGUCAUUGUUGCGCAACUGAAGUCGAUUCGAGGUAUGUGGGAAAAGCCAGCCGCGGACUGCGCCAGCGAACCAGGCGCAUGGAUUUACGAGACGAGCAAAUGCCAGGCUUGCAUGCUGGCACGGAUUGCGAGUGACAAGGAAACACUGCGCAAUUUGCGCACCGCAUUGCUCUCCCGCACGCAAACCCGUGUGAACCACGUCCGGCGCCGACUGAUGAAAUUCGUCGAUAGCUGCAUCGACCACUUUCAGGAGGAUUUGGACGAGAUGCACAGCGUCUCCAGCUAUUUCGCCCAUAUCUUUAAAGCCACUCGCAAGGCCUGUACUAAGGCUUGGUACAUGGAUCCAGCUCAUGCGGACACCAGACAACUGCACAGGCACCACAAGAUCGGCGACAAGGACUUAGACAAGCCCGGGAAGGAAGGCAGCGAUGGGAUCCAUAAGUGUGCGAAGAAGUGCCAUCCCCAGGCACCGCCGGUGAUCCUCGAAACCCAUCCUGCGGAAAGCCGGCCUGUUCACUCGAGCCCCUUGAAGAUCCAGUCGAAAUUAUCAUACAAGAGGCUUUUGAAUUCAUUGGACGCAGGGAAGCGAGCACCUGCGGGUCAUCAAAAUGCUCUUCACCUGGCUCUUCAUUCCGGUCUUCAUCCGGACCGCGUGAUUAGAUUUGUGGAUCCCGUUGAAGGGCGAAAAUACAGUUUCCACCGCGACAAUUUUUAUGGGCCGCCUGGGAAUCCGCUUUCACCGAGGAUCCCGAGCGCUGACUUCAAGAGGCCAGAUGCACUAGAUGAGAUGAUUUCCAUGUACAAGACAACGGGGUCGAAUCCGUAUCAAGGACGUCCUGCGCCUCUGUCGAUUUGCUCCACCGACUGCGAGUGGAGUGAUGAUGAGCUUGAUACGCCUAACGCACAUGAAAGUCCAGCUGGCGCGACGACGGCCGGGAAUCUGCUGUGUGAACCUGAGGGACUUUGA